AUGCCAGAAGUGAGAUGCUCUAGAAUUGAUUAUGAACUAUACGACGCGAUGUGUGUUUCUCUCAAGAAAAUUGUUGACGACGAAAGUGAGGAUGAAGAACAAUUGAGCGAGAUUGAUCCAGAAGUAGAAGGAAAUGCAGCAAGACAACAAGCUCUAGAGGUGUUGGGGUUGAAUGAGCCGGAAGAUGAUGAGAGCGAUGAUGAUGUGAUGAAUGGAGGUACAAAGAUGGAUGAAAAGAAUGAGCAAGAUGUAGAAACGGAACAAGGGAGUACCAGAUCAGAUUCAGAGUCAAUUAUGGAUGAUGAAGAAAUAGAGAAUGAAGAAAUAGAGAAGGGAAAAGAUGAGAAAAAAUCAUUUAAUGAUGUAGAUGAAGGAAAAACAGUUCAUGUGAGAAAUAUUCCAUUUAGCGCAACAAUUGAAGACAUUAAAGCAGCAUUCUCGAGUUAUGGACCGAUUGUUUAUGCGAGAGUAUUGAAAACUCCAGAAGGUUUAUCGAAAGGAACAGCAUUUGUAAAAUUUCGUGAUCAAUCUUCUGCCCUUGAAGUUAUCGAAGAGGAUCAGCGUGUUGGUGAUCGUUUGUUAUCAUUUGGUAAUUCUCGAUCCAAAAGUCGAUUGCCUGAUUUUAGUGAUGUUCCUCUUGAGGGGCUUGGCGUGACGAUUUGUGGACGUCGUGUUCGAACGUCUCUUGCAUUGAAUCGCCAGGAUGCAAAUGAAUUGGCGAAGGAGAGAGAAACAUCCACAGUGAUCAAGAAAAAUAUGCAUUUGAUGGAUAUUGGAUAUAUUGGAGUUGAUGGAAAAGAAGCUAAGGUAGAGGCGAAUAGAUUUGAUCAAAUUGAAUAUUUAUUUGCUGUUUGUAGGGAAUGUCGAAGGGUGACGCAAGAAGAAGAGAAAAUAUCUACAAGGAGAAGAAGAUUAAGUUAA